AUGGGCCGUCGACAGGAUUCUGCGGGGUCAUCGUUAGUCUCGCUCCACACAAUCGACAACGAGGACUUACCCCCUCCUUACGAGGAAGCUGACAACAUUCCAACGUCCUCGUCUGUCACCCCUUCUUCGCAUCAAUCCCUCCAAAUAAUCGACUCCGCAUAUGCUCUUCCUGGUCCAUCCCUCUUUAGCCCACAAGAUAAGCGUGCUAUCUCGUUGGCGACGACCCUGUCCCGUAACAGCGAUGAGCUCUUCCGGGUCAUCUGUCGCCAGAUAAAGCUCCCUCCACGACCCCUACUUUGGAUUCGUGGCUCGCAUACAGAAUCAGCCAGUAGUAACGACAAGAAUAAGAAGAACACUGUUGACGACUUCCGCUUCACAUUGGAUCUAGCAGAAACUCUCUUGCGCGGAUGGGAAGGCACUCAAUCAUCUGUACAGUGGAGGAACAUAAAUGUGACUUCUGAUGCAGAUCAUACGCCUCAAUUUCGAGGUGAUAGGGUCCGUUCAAGUGUAUACAAAGCCCCUACGUCGCGUCAGGCAAUAAGCCUCUUGCCUGAUGACAGUGAUGCGGCGCUUCUGGGGUCCGACCCCGAUUUUGGAAUUCCCGAUGAUUCAGAGGAUAUUUCCGGCCCUUCGGGUAAUCAGUAUCUGGCUGAUUUGAAGUUGUGGUGUGAGCGGUUCUGCAACGACCCCUCACCCGUGAAAUCAUUUACUAUCCACCGUUACGCUGACGGCACUGACUUCCAAGCUAUGGAGCGUAUCUUUGAGUCACAUAUUCGCCGCCUCAAUUACCGGGGCUGUAUCCAAUUCGGGAUCACUAAGGCCCAGUCCUCCGUCAUCAUCUAUUCUCCGCAUUGGAUAAAUAGAGUGCGCACCAAUAAUUUUGUUUGGUGGGUUUGUGUUAUCCUCCAGCUCUGGAUCAUUACUUGGCCCAUAAUCUGGCUGCUUGAAAGGCGAUAUGAGGUGGUGGACACGCGGUGGUACUCUUCAGUUGAAUCAGACCCCACAACUGGUUUGACUAGAUGCUACGCUCGUGGCCGUAGUGAGACCGCACUGGCGGAGUAUUGGGCACCAGCUGUGAGGCAAGCAGCAUGGAGCAGGCGACAGGGGAAUACCGUUCUGACAAAGUUGGAUGUCGAACGCCUGAUCGGUCUAAGUGAGGAAGAUGUUCUUGGUAUACGAAAUAAUAUUUCAGAUGCGGAACGAAUCCGACUCGAGCGCGUCAGGAGGGGUGAAGCUGGCUUUGUUGAUAACGUAUUGGGAAUUGUUCGAGGAAUCAACGAAGUGAGACAAGCAACAGAAGCGAGUCGUGGAUGGGGCGGUAAUACUUGA